AUGACCCAACUCAUCCUUGCUUGCGCCCUACUCUUCAUCAGCUCAUAUGAGCAUCCAUGGCUACCGCUGUGGAUCAUAUUCGCGCUGAUUCUCGUAUCUUCGGCGAUCGAGAACACCACGAAAUGUUCGCAGACCGACUCAUCGAAAGUUGGGAUGGGCAAGGCCUCUUCCGUGUCCGUUGCAGCCGCCGGUGUGUACUUGGAAGAGCUACUUGAAGCAUUCCAACCUAUCCCGAUCAGCAUGAUCAACAUCAAGGACACACUUACCUUGUCGUCCUUCUCCGACAUUCUGCACGGACCCGAACCAGCUGGAGAACACCUGGAAGAGCUCUGCAAUGCCUUUCAGCCCCUAUCAUCCUACAUCGGCUGCCUCGCGAAUAGCCUCACCUUCUCUUCUUCUUCCGCUACUCGCCAUCCCCUGACACACAAGGCGGACCAACAUACCGUUCCGACUAGCGGUAAGAUCAUCGACCGCACACGGCCCUUUGGGUCCAAAGCGUUUACCAAGCCGAACACCGGCCUUCCCACACCACCAGAGACCCCAUCAGAGCACUCGCUGGCUGAAGAAGAUGUCUCCGAGACAUCGAUGGCGGAUGAGGACAAUACCAAACGUCCUCCAACACCAAGCUCGUCCACAGAAGCAGAUCAACUAAAGGAAGAUGGGGUUCUUAUACCCUCUGCAGCUGACGAAGCGAUCCUCACUGCUGCCAUCGACACCGUCCUGGAUGAAGAGCUCACCACCACAUUCGAUCAGGAGAGCCAGCCGUCCGAGGAACUAGAGGCAGCUGAAAAGGCAUCCAACGACGAUUGCAUGCAAGUCGUCCAUCGUCGCCGUCUUGUAAAGCAACGUGACUUGUCCAGAAAGAGGGAUGUCCAGUCAUCCGGAAAAGCAGCAGUCGUCACGCCGGAAGACCAAGAGGAGCUCCUUGGGAAUGACUUGCUGUCCGUACCUUCUCGUCGUAACCGUCGCACCGUGGACGAUGGUGCACCGCUUCAUUUCUCCGGGCCCUGCACUGACGAUGAGCUCAGUCAAUGGGCAGAGGAGAAUGGUCUGGAUGGAGCCAUCCCACGUGGCGAGAAGUUCCAGGGGCCCGACUGGAGGGAGUCGACCCGUGAUCGCGACCUUGAAGGCGCGAAGGAACACAUUAUGGUCUGGACAGAAUGGGGACACCGAGAACACUUCCGGCUGAUCCCAAAGCCGAACGCACAGCUGAUUUUCUCCGACCCGGAGGUCUUGGAGGAAGUGUCAGACAAGGCAUCGAAGCAUUUCCUGGACAAGUUCCCUGAUGCCUGGGAAGUCCCAGCACAUCAAUAUGAUGCUAACGGAGAUGAGGACUCUGAAGAAGAUGAAGGCUCUCAGGAAAAUGAAUACUCGGAGCAGGAUGGAGACCUCGAACAGGAUGAAAGCUCUGAGGAAGAUCGAAGCUUUGAGCAGGAGGGAAGCUCUGAGCAAGGGGAAAGCUUCGAACGAUUCGGAAGCUCGGAACAAGAGGGAAGUUCUAAGCAGGACGGAUACUCGGGCGGAAGCGGAACGUCGCCACCCUCGGAGUCGAACGCAUCCCCUUCGAUCGGCUCAAAGCCAGGUCACCAGGCAUCCCAGGGACGAACGGAACCAGCACCCAUCUCGAACAGGGCUGCUAUUGAAGCACCAUCAAAGAAGCCGGCUAAGCAGUCGCGCUUCGCGGCCUUCUUCGCACAACAAGAGGCGGACAAGAAGAGCUCCGAAGCAGAACGCAAUGAGCUGGACUCUGCACUGAGAGGAUACGAUGAGCCGCUCACGACUGCGACUGGGAGUGGAGAGGCACCGCUGCCGCCGAGCGAGUCCGAUCAAGACAUCCAAUACGACCGGAAGACUCUUUUCCCUGAAUGGACUCAGGGUUACAACCAAGAGAUGGUCCGGUGGAAGAACCCUGUCUGGUGGGAGCAAAAGGCGGAGCAGGUCCGUCUAGAGUUCCGGGAUAAACUGCCGUCGACACUCGCGGAAGAGGUCAGAUACCGUCAAUUCCUUGGAUACCAAAGCACCAACGAGUUUGGCAGCAUGGAUCUCGUCGCGAACAUCAAGGGUAGUGAUCCGUCGCUAGACAAGAGCGGUUGGUAUCCCAGUACCAACAUCACGCCAUACUACCAGACCGCCCCGUACCGGCGGUUCCUUUUCGAUCCAAGGCCACAUGGUGCUGACACACCAGACCAGGUGCCACAUGAGUGGCACCCAGUCCUUGUGGCACGGCACCAAGUCAUGGGCCGCCGAUUCUGCAAAGCGCCAGAAGCCGUAUGCUACGCCAGACAUUUCGUGGAGCGAAAACCUCAAUUCGACGACGGAAUGAACAAGGCGCGUCGAUUCUGGGUCCAUAUGGACGCUCGUCCUCCGAAAGACCUGGACUUUUCGCAGAAGGCCAUCGACGCCAUGGAGGCUGGACCAAGCUCGCCAGUCGUCAAAAAAGAAGACGACAACUACGGAUCCAUGGGUUUCGAUCCGUCCAUCGUCGACUCGCCGUCGUUGAUGGGCAAGUGGUCUGAAACGGUGCCUCGCCGCCAUCAGCAUUUGCGCACGAACACCCGUAAUCGCCAGCUCUUAAGCAAGGCCCUUCGUCGACGCCAGCCCUUGAGCAGGGUUUCGGAACGGCAGUUGGCAGCCCUUCAGGCGCUGCAUGACUCCAUGGGCAAAGAAGAAGAGAUGGAGCAAGAAGAGGUAGAGCAGGAGGAGGUGAAGCAAGAGGAGGUGAAGCAAGAAAAGCUGACAGUACGCCGACCCCAUCAGUUUUUGAAGAAGCCCACGCGUGACCGUCAGCUCUUGAGCAAGACGCUUCGCCGUCUGCCCUUGGGCAAAAUUUCGGAACGGCAGUUCGCAGCUCUCCAGGCGCGGCAUGACCCGAAGGAAGAGAAAGAACAGAUGCGGCAGGAAGCGAAGGCAAGGCGUAUCUCACAAACCGCCGCCAUACGGGAUAGGCUUUGGAAGGGAUACGCGGCGUGGCAAGAUGCUGGUAGCCGACCGCCGCUUCCAACUCUGGCCAAUCCCAAGCUGGGACCGGCACCAACAGCGGAUUAUCUGCCGCCUGGAUUCAGGGCGCAGCAUGAUCCAUUUGCACCGAGGGUGUAG